GAAGCGCUCCGCAGCAGAGAGCGGCGCCUGCAGCAGGCAGGGGAUCCAGCUCGGCUUUUUCGAGCGGCUUCCACGUGGCCCUUCAGUCGGGCUAGAGGGAGCCGCUCCCCAGCCGCACGGGACGGGACCGGUCAGCUGAGCGGCACCACCAUGGACCUCCAGCGCAGGGCGAUACGGCUCCUCGCCUGCAGCCGGGUCUGGGGCAAGGGCUGGCUGAGCGGGGCAGCCCCGCGCGGCGCAGCGAGCGCUCCCGCCGCCCGGCGCUGCUUCUGCGCCGGCCAGGCCCCCCCCGAGGGCGCGUACGAGCAAGCGUUCAGGGCUGCCGUGGCGGAGCCCGAGAAGUUGUGGGGAGAAGCCGCCGGGCGCAUCCAGUGGCACAAGCCCUGGGUGAAAAUCGUGGACAGGAGCAACCCGCUGGUCGCCUCCUGGUUUGUGGAUGGAGAGCUGAAUAUUUGUUAUAAUGCUGUAGAUCGUCAUGUUGAGAGUGGACAUGCAGACAAGAUUGCUGUUAUCUAUGAUAGUCCUGUGACAAACACUAAACAGGCUAUCACUUACAGAGAAGUUCUUGAACAGGUCUCCAAGUUAGCUGAUGUUAUGGUGAAAUACGGUGUGAAGAAAGGAGAUUGUGUUGUCAUCUACAUGCCCAUGAUUCCACAGACAGUAUAUACCAUGCUGGCAUGCGCAAGAAUAGGAGCCAUACAUAGCCUCAUUUUUGGUGGAUUUGCAUCUAAAGAGCUUUCUAGUCGCAUUGAUCAUGCAAAGCCUAAACUUGUUGUAACUGCAACUUUUGGGAUAGAACCAGGAAGGAGAGUGGAAUACAUGCCGCUUCUAGAAAGAGCACUGGAAAUGAUACAGCACCAACCUCAGAAAGUUCUCAUAUACAGUCGACCUCACUUGGGAACUGUUCCUCUAGUCUCAGGUCGUGACCUUGAUUGGGAUGAAGAAAUAGCAAAAGCCAAGCCUCAUGAUUGUGUUGCUGUUCGUUCAGAUCAUCCACUUUACAUUCUUUAUACAUCAGGAACGACUGGCUUGCCCAAGGGUGUUGUUAGACCAACAGGUGGCUAUGCGGUUAUGUUGAACUGGACAAUGUCCACUAUAUAUGGACUCAGACCUGGAGAGGUGUGGUGGGCAGCUUCUGACUUAGGCUGGGUAGUUGGCCAUUCCUACGUUUGUUAUGCACCUCUCCUGCAUGGGAAUACAACUGUUUUGUAUGAGGGGAAGCCUGUGGGAACGCCAGAUGCUGGUGCUUACUUCCGUGUGCUAGCAGAGCAUGGAGUGGCUGCCUUUUUUACUGCACCAACUGCAAUUAGAGCAAUCCGUCAGCAGGACCCUGAGGCAGAUUUGGGAAAGCAGUACUGUUUGACAAGGUUCCGAACAUUAUUUGUAGCUGGUGAACGCUGUGAUGUGGAGACAUUAGAAUGGUCCAAAAAAGUCUUCAAGGUCCCAGUGUUGGAUCACUGGUGGCAAACUGAAACUGGGUCUGCAAUUACUGCUUCCUGCAUUGGUUUGGGAAACUCAACAACUCCUCCACCAGGACAGGCAGGAAAACCAGUGCCAGGAUACAAUGUGAUGGUUCUGGAUGACAACAAGCAACCAGUGAAGGCCAAGACUUUAGGAAAUAUUGUGGUAAAGUUGCCUUUGCCUCCUGGAGCCUUCUCGGGUCUCUGGAAAAAUCAGGAAAUAUUCAAGGAGUUAUAUUUCCAAAAAUUUCAAGGAUACUAUGAUACCAUGGAUGCUGGGUACGUGGACGAAGAUGGCUACUUAUAUGUCAUGUCUCGAGUUGACGACGUGAUCAAUGUUGCAGGUCAUAGAAUUUCUGCAGGUGCAAUUGAGGAGUCUGUUCUUUCCCAUGGAGCUGUGGCUGAUUGUGCUGUUGUUGGCCAAGAGGAUGCCUUAAAAGGUCUUGUCCCAUUAGCGCUAUGUGUAUUAAGAAAUGGUAUAAAGAUAGAGGAGGAGAAAGUUUUGGAAGAAAUUGUUAAGUACGUUCGAGAAAGCAUUGGCCCAGUGGCAGCUUUCCGAAAGGCGGUAUUUGUGAAACAGAUACCAAAGACACGUUCCGGAAAAAUACCACGUUCUGCUCUUUCUGCUCUUGUCAAUGGCAAACCAUAUCAGAUAACUCCAACUGUUGAGGAUCCUGAUGUGUUUAAACACUUAGAAGAAGAACUGAAGAAAAAAAAAAUAAUGUGAUUUUUAUCCAUCAGACAGUGUCUUUUAACAGUAAACUUCCAAACGUCCGGAAUACAUGAAGAAAUUUUCUAUUUGGUAACGCAGUUAUAGAACAUAUUUUAGAUGUCUGAAAUAACCUGGCGCUAAUUUUAUUACUACAGAACUGUUGCUGCUUUCUCUGUCAUGUCGUCAUCAUCAUGGACAGCGAAACAUUCUGAGUUUUGGCAGUGUUUGUCAUUUGUAUUAUACUGGAGGUUUAGACAGAUAAGAAGUAGAUACUUACAGUAGAGAGUUUUAACAGAGCCCUGUAAAGAGGGUUCAUAAAUUCAUAGAGUUCAAGGCCAGAGGGGACCGUCAGAUCAUAUAGUCUGACUACCAUAUUACACGGGUUUUUAAUUUUACCUAGUAACAAAGAUCGCAUUAGCACCUUUUGCCACAGCAUCGCACUGGGAGCUUAUGUUGAUUUGCUCUACUGUGAACCCUAAAUCCUUUCCAGGAUACAGCCUCCCAUUCUGUAGGUAUGGCCCGUGUUCCUUGUUCUACUCCUGGUGGAAUUCUGUGCCAAAAAAAUUAAAAUUCUACGCACAAUAUUUUAAAAUUCUGCAAAAUUCUGCAUAUUUUAUUUGUCAAAAUAACACAAUAUAAUCACACCAGUUUCAAUUAUUUUUGAUCAUUUAUUUCAAAAUACCUGUCAGCAAGUAUGUCUGUAACAAUACAGACAACAAAAAAAGAUUCAGGAAAUGUUUUAUGACAAAUAGAUUCCUUACUAGGCAUAUUAAUGCAGAACUCUGAGUAAUAAUUCAUUUAAACUACAAUACAGAACUGUAUUUCCCGUAUCCCUCAGAAGCAGAGCAAAGGCUUGGGGGAGUCAGGGGUAACUGAGGAGCUGAGGGAGAGGGAGGUAAAUUGCUGGGAAGGAGGCUGGGUGUGAACUUGGAGGGCUGUUUGGUAUGGGUGAGUAAAGUAUGGAACAGGUAUUUUUGGGAGGGGGCAGGGAGGGAUUGUUAAGGAGCUUCCCCCAUGCAGACCCUGGCUUACUCCUAGCCUCUCCCAUUCAGUCAGGCACAUGGACCCCUGUCUCCAUGAGUCUCCCGCCCUCAUCCAGCCACUCCCCAUCACUAUGUAGCUCUGCUCCACCUCCCCUUGUCGCCAUAUGGCUCUGCACCUCUCUCCUGCCAUGGCCCCAUGCCUCCACUCCCAUUCAGCCCCUGCCCCAGUCCUCCCCCUAGCCCUUAUGAGCCCCUGUCUGCCUCUCCCUGCAACUUUGGUGGGCAAACGGCAGAACUGUUUCAUACCUACAAAAAAAUCAUACCUACAAAACAGAACAGUCCAGUUUUGGGCCCCACACUUCAAGAAGGAUGUGGAUAAAUUGGAGAGAGUCCAGCGAAGGGCAACAAAAAUGAUUAGGGGUCUGGAACACAUGACUUAUGAGGAGAGGCUGAGGGAGCUGGGAUUGUUUAGCCUGCAGAAGAGAAGAAUGAGGGGGGAUUUGAUAGCUGCUUUCAACUACCUGAAAGGGGGUUCCAAAGAGGAUGGCUCUAGACUGUUCUCAAUGGUAGCAGAUGACAGAACGAGGAGUAAUGGUCUCAAGCUGCAGUGGGGGAGGUUUAGAUUGGAUAUUAGGAAAAACUUUUUCACUAAGAGGGUGGUGAAACACUGGAAUGCGUUACCUAGGGAGGUGGUAGAAUCUCCUUCCUUAGAGGUUUUUAAGGUCAGGCUUGACAAAGCCCUGGCUGGGAUGAUUUAACUGGGAAUUGGUCCUGCUUCGAGCAGGGGGUUGGACUAGAUGACCUUCUGGGGUCCCUUCCAACCCUUAUAUUCUAUGAUUCUAUGAACUGCAGCAGUAUUUUGGCAGAAGCUUUUUCUGCUUGAAAAAUUAGAAAUCUGUGGGGCUCAUUAAAUAUGUGCGCACACAGUAGCACAGAAUUCCCCCAGGAGUACUUGUUUUUAGAUGUAUAACUUUGCAUUUGCCUGUAUUUGGAUGCAUUUUGUUUGCAUAGUCCCCGGUUACCAAAUUAUCCAGAUUGCUCUGCAUGACUGGUGAAAUGGUAAAUAAUGAUGAGGACUGGGCAAUCUAUGUCAUCUGCAAAUUGGAUCCCUAGUGAUUUUUAUAUUUACGUUCAGUUCACUGAUGAAAAUGUUGAAUUGCAUCAAGCGUCAUACCAAUCCCAGUGGAUUCCCACUAGAAAUAUCUCCAUUCGAUGCUUAUUCCCCAUUGGCAAUUACUUUUUGACAGACAUUUUUUAGCCAGUUCUUAAUUCGUUUCACUGUGCUUUAUUGAUAAUCGUAUACUGCUAAUUCUUUUAAUCAGAAUGUUGUGUGAUACUUUGUCAAAAUCACUUACAAAUAUGUAUAUUACAUCUGUGCUGUUACGUUUGUCAACCAAACUUGUAAGCUUUUCAAAAUGAAAUCAGGUUUGUUUGGCAAGACCUAAUUUCAUAAACCAUGUUGCCUAACAUUAAUUACAUUCCUAUCCUUCAAUUCUUUAUCUGUUGAAUCCGGUGGCAGCUUUUCCUUUAGUUCACCCAGCAUUGAUUUCUGGCUACCUGGCCUAUAUUUACCCAGGUCAUCUCACUUGUCCUUCUUGAAUAUUGGCACAUUUCUCCACUCUUCUGGAAGUUUUUUGAAAGUUAUCCAGGCCUACUGAAUUGAAAAUGUUAAUCACUAGUAGAUGUUGCUUAACAUCCUCUUGGUUACUAAUGGACUGGACAAUACAAGCGUAUAAUCUUGCUUCAGUUCAAAUAUAAAAUGCAGAUAUUUAUUGAAAACUUCUGCCUUUUCUUCAGCAGUAUUAACAAUUUUACCAUCUCUGCCUAGUAAUGGGCCUAUACCAUUGCUAGGAUUUCUUUUAUUCCUAAUAUACUUUAAAAAUUCCUUCUUAUUAUCCUUAACCCUAGCAGCCAGGGAUUUCCCCUGAUGUGUUUAGCUUCCCUUAUCCAUUUUCUACACUUCACACAUUCUUAUUUAUAUCAAUUGCUAUUCCUUCCCUUUUUCCAUUUGUUGUAUGCUGAUUUUUUUAUUCCUAAUUGCUGCCUUCGCUUUGCCACUGAACUAGGAUGAGCUUUUAGCCAAAGUUUUUAUCUUCCUUUAUUGUGGACUUAUGGCUUUUUGGCCAUUGUCUUGGUGGUGGAGCAUGCUAAUUUGCCUGAUGCUUUUCAUGUGUAUCUUUACUUUAAAGUAAUGUCACAAAUAGAGGGAAAAGAAGGAAGGAAAGACAAAGACUAAAUUAGGACUGGAUAUCUUUCUAAAAUAUAUCUCUAGCUCCUACAAAAAUUAUGGGAUUGAUGCAGAAAUUACUGGGUGAGGUUCUAUGGUCUGUGUUAUGCAGGAGGUGACUGUAGAUAAUCAUAAUAGUCCCUUCCAGCCUUAAAAUCUGUGAACAUCUGAUUAUGGCUGACCAUCACUGGCUAAUUGAUGACAAACAAAGAGCCACUGAGCACCUUUUUAACAGCUGUUUCUGACCUCCUUCCUCCCCUCCGCCCCCUCCCACCCACCAUAAAGCAGAGCUGUCUUUCCUGGGUAAGCCUCAGACAAACUCUGCCCCACCUUAGUUGUGGUGCAGUCAUUCUCGCAAGGUGCUAAAUAUCCCAGAGAGUUGUUUGAGCACCCCUAUGCCUUUAUGAGGUCAUUGGAGGCUGCAGCUGCCAAGCCAGUCACAGGAGAGAGCCUGUACAUUUGAGUGUGUUCUAGGUUUCAAGUGGUAGUUUUUAGUGCAUAAUGAAAUUAAUAGUCUUUGUUAUUUUUAAAUAAGUAUUCACAAAAUUCGUACAACAGAUCUUAAAAAACAAACAAAUUCAAAACAAAGUCAGCAUUUCCUGCCAUAGGAAAUGACACGAAGCAAUAAAAGUUGCUAUAAUGAAUGAGAGACUCACUUAGUGAAGCUCUGCUAUGGGAGAGCCCCUUAGUGAAGAUAGUUUAGGGAUCUCCAGUUAUUUUUCCAGAUCGGUCCAUACCUGAGGGAUAUAUUUUGUUUCUAUAGGGAUUUAUAGAUACCCUAAGAGUAUCUAUAGGGAUUUAUAAGACUAUGCCUUAUUUUUUGCUAUGGGCAGUAUCUCCUUAAAAAAAGAAGACAUCCAGGAGGAUAGCCAUCAACUAAUGAGUAAAGGUAGGAGGCUGUUAAGUGACACAGUACUGGAACCAGAUAAAACAGCAGACUGAUCAUAAUGGCUGGGAGGGUGUUAUAGAUAUAUAUAUAUACACACAUAUAUUAAAAAAAAUAAAGGUGACUCCCAUUUGAAUGCUCUCUUGGGCCCGGCUCCUGCAAACUGUUCUGGGUGAGUGUGGAGCUCUGCCUUUGCAGAACAGUUUGCAGGACUGGAGCCAUAGCUGGUAACUGUAAAAUAUUCCAGAAAGUUCUUGCCUUGCACUGAAAACCUGGGACCGAAGCAAUGAAAUAGUGAGACUGGAACCAAAUAUGAUGGAAGAAACCACUACACUAUCAGAUAGAAUGAGUAGAGUUACAUAAUAAUUGAGUCCUUAGUUAAUUUUAUGCUUUACCCACCAGGAUGAAUAAAUUAACGAUCCUGUUCUCCUGUUCAAUUCAGGUGCAUGAAUUGAAUGGCAUGGCCCAGCAGCAGGACUAGCCACUACUUAAGACCUCAAAAUAAGGGUUGAGGGGGACUUACAUAGGGGAUAGGCUCUCUGCACAGGUUUUAAAUUUUCUCUCGUAAGACACUUAGGGAUGUGAGUAAGUUUGCUCAUGCGAGUAGUACUGUUGAAUUCAGUAAAGUUACUCACCUAUCUGUUUGCAGGAUCAGCUCCUUAAUUUCCUCAGUUUGGCUAUAAAAAUGACAUUUUUGCAACGUUCUCCUUCUACUGCAUUUGCUGUCUCUUUGUAGGCAUCUAAGAUGAUCUCUAUGCAUGUAUGUGUAGCUUUGGAGGGAAGACUGAGAUGUCCCUAUGAAUGCUGCAAUGCUGUCUGUCUACUUCGCUUUGUUAGCUAACUAAUGUUAACUUAAAGUGUACUGCCUAAUAUGGAGUGAAUCAAAAGCUCCAACUUCAGAAUUUUCCCCCUCUGAAGAGUAGUGUUAAGCUCUGAGAUAUAAAAUUGCAGAAAAGCUAAAUAACAACAGAUAUGGCAGCUGUAAAUAUAAACCAAGAGCCUUAUUCACCACUGCCUUGCAUUUUGUUUAGAUCGGUGUGGAAAAUGAUACCAAAUCAGAUGUCAAAUAUUUUUUGUGAAUAUGAAAAAUUCAGUAUAGCAAGCUAGUUUUCUUUGUACUUUACUCAAACCAGAACUACUUUAUGAGGCAUUAGUUUGGAUGCAGGUGUCUUAUCCUGUGGACUGUAGAGUUGUAUGCUAGCUGCUUUCCUAUGUAAUAAAAUUGAUGAACAUUUAAAAGUAAA